UAUCUUCCGCUGCAGAUAGACGCUGGUCAGUAGCAGAGGAAUGUCACACUUGCUCUCAAAAUGUACUCUCACGGUUCAGAGAGUUUAAUUAAACAAGCGAGGGAGAUUCAGGAGUCUGAGCUGCAGAAGUUUUACAGCAGAUUGGUCAAGCUGCUCCAGGGGAAGGAAAUCGGUCAUGAGACUGUGGACUCCCUGCAGAGGCUGCACCUCAUCCUCUCUGCCACCAAGUACACCAGGACGUUGCCUUCAGAGCUUCAAAAGAGGCUUGUGCCACUCCUCUCGUCACCCUCGGAGCAGCUACAGGUGCUGAGCUCAGCUGUGCUCAGGGAGACAUUGCCCCUCUCUGGUCAGGAGCAUAACUACAACCAGGAACAUUUCAGUCAACUGAACAGCCAUGCUGCUGCUCUACUGCUCUCACAGACUGGAUCCAGGGCCGAUCUGUCAUCUCUCUGCGCCCAGCUCCUCCGCAGUCUGGAGAGCCGACCAUCGGAGGGGCCGUCUCACACGCUCACAAACACCCUGCCAAUCCUCAACACCAUCCUCACACACAGCCCUGAAUGCCUCACUGAAGAUAACAUGACCGUCCUAAGUAAAAAGCUUGUCGAUUGGCUGCGUUACGCUAGCAUCACUCAGGGAGGCGGAGCUUCCUCAGGAGGAUUCUUCACAGGACCCAGGUCACGUCAGCCGGUGCCUAUAGCAGAGCUGGAUGGGUCGGUGUCAGGGGAUUUCUUCACAGUGUUGUGUGUGGGUCAAGGCUUCACUGAGGACCAGUGGAUGAACGUCUACUCCUUUUCCAUGCUGCGCCAUUGGCUCCUCACCUACCACUCUGGGUCUAAUGGCAACACCACAGCAGACGCCGCAAACAGGCUUCAGCUCAGUCUCUCCCUCUCCCACUCCCACUCCUUUUCUAAUGAUGACCGGUCGGAGGUGGAUGGUUCGGUGGUUUCUAUGGUUUCAGCGACUUCCUCCUCCAGCCGACUGCUGCCUCCAAAGGAGCGUCUGAGAGAAAAGGCUUUCCAGUACUGCCAACGCCUCAUCGAACAGUGCGAUCGCAAGGCACACAAAAGGACAGAUACAGACCUGCAGAAAGCGUGUCUGGUGGAGGCUGUGUGUAUCCUGGAUUGUGUGUGUGUGGAGGACGCCUCGCUGGUCUACCGGGCGUUCCCAUGCAUUAAGGCGCUAUACGGGCGGCUCAGCUCAGACCUGUCGUUUGCCAGAGUGCUGCUGCCUCUGGCACAGUUCUACCUCAACCACGGCGAGAUGGCAGCAGUAGACUGUGAGUGUGUGUGGAAGCUGGUGUUUAGCCGGUUCCCUGCCGAGCUGUUCAACGACCCCUUCCUGGCACACGAGCUACUACGCUUCCUCCGAGUGAACCUCGAGAGCCUGCAGCUUCGAGUGCCACAAUACACCCGUUCCUUCCCGAACCUGCUGAAGUUCUUAGCGUGGGACAGCCCGGCGGUGGUAGAUGACUUUGUGGAUCUGCUGCCCUCUCUGGUAACAGCUGGAACUGCAGUGGAGCUGCUCCACACUCUGCUCGACCUGCCCUGUCUCUCCGCUACACUGGUGUUGCAGUUCAGGUCAACAUGUUUGCCCAUCUCUGAGUCAGGCGGGCGUGGCCUCAUGUCACUGGAUGCAUUUCGGAGCCCAUCUUACCGAGGCCUUUUCCUCUUCCUGCUGCGAGGGGAAGCAGGCUCAGGUGACACAAUUGACCGACUGAGCACACUCCAUGAGCUGCUAGCUGAAGCUGCUGAUUGGCCAAGAGUCAUUCAGUGUACCCAGACUGUCCCUGUGCUGUUGCACAUUUUUUUCAACAAAGUUAUUAUGGUAGCUGAUGAGAAGCUUUUAGCCCACUUGAUUCUGGUGCAGCUGGAGAGAAGUGGCCUCCUCCUCAACAUCCCUAACUACAUCAAAGAGAUACACAGGGUGUUCAGCUGCCACCUGCUGAGGUUGUGUAAGCUCCACCCCUCUCUGGUGGUGGACCAGUCUCACGAGCUGCUGGAGUUCGCUGGAACCACAGCCAACGUCUACAGCAAAGAAGAAAUCUACACGCACGUGGUGUGGGUGCUGGGAGAGUACCUGUCUGUGUCUUGUGACUCACGCUGUUCUGUGAGGCUCAUCACUUCCUGUUUUGAGGCAUUGGAGGCUGUGCUGUUUGAGAUCACUUCAUCUGCCCCACCUCCAGGAGCGUGUCGCCCUGCACCUCGGGUGAUCACCACCCUCAUGAGUGCGCUCGCUAAGCUGGCAUCGCGAUCACAUGACCUCAUACCCAGGGUGUCUCUAUUCCUCUCCAAGCUACGAACAGUAGCCAGAGGUGGGUCAGUUCCUUGGUGCUCUGAUGAAGAGGACCUUGUUGCCAUAGUAACACGAGGAGAGGAGUUGUGGUCACUGCUUAAGGCCCCCGGUGUGGCUCAGAGUGUCCUGACCCCACCUCCCCAUGUCACCACACCCCAGUGGCACCGUGACACCAACGUGGCCAUGCCACUACGACUGCGACUCCUCACCAGCCUCACACAUUCACAGUGACACACAACACACCUCUUUCAUGAUUAACCUGUACACACAUUAAUAUAUAACCAUUAUCAUCUGGCAUUGGUACACCAUCAUGAAAUAGAGAAGAACAAAUUGAACACACUGUAAUGGAUUUUGUUUAAUUUUUGCACAUUAUUUUU